CAACCGCUCGAACCACUAUAAAUUCAAAAUAGUUGAAACAAUCAACAAGGUCGCAUUAAGCUAUUCUCUUUCCUUUUUUUUAAAAAAAAAAAACAAUGUGAGGUGAGAUUUGAACCGCAUGAUGCGCAACCGCCAUAUCUUGUAUAUGAAAUCAUGUUCCGGGUCACAACUGCAGCCAAUUACCACCAUCAGGCUUGAAAUGUGCCAAAGUUGGCAGGACAAACGUUCGAGCCAUCCGAACCGGACACCAGAAUUGCUCAGCCAAUUGGCACAUUAAAAAACGCGUUUCACUUUUCAAAUAAUAAUAAAAAAUAAGAAACAAACGCGUGCCCGUAAACUUUAGUGAUACAUCAUGCCCCGCUCCUGCCGUACAAAUGGAAUCGAACGGCCAUCGAUCAAAGCCACCACCCUCAGCUCCCAGGGCCUGCAGCCGUCUGCCGCUGACCUCUUCUUCUUCCUCGUAAAAUCGGAUUCCCCUGUCCUCUAUAAAUUCCACAAGCCUCUCCAUCUCUCUCUGUUGCUCUCAGAUCAGCUGCUGCGAACUCGACUCCAGGCAGGCUCUCGAAUUGGACGGCCGAGGUUUGCGGAAAAAUUGGGGCUCGAUGCUGUUCCGCUCGUGGCUGUGCGUUUGCUGGACGAGAAGAACGAAGGGACAUGGAGAAGGAGGAGGAGGAGGAGGAGGAAGAGGAGGAGGAGGAGGAGGAGGAGGAGAGCAGCAGCAGCAGCCUUCUUCUUCUAAUUCUUCUUCUUAUUCUUGGAAUCUAUUCAUGGAUCUCAAAACAUUGGAGGCUGCCACGAAUAACUUCUCCGAUGACAAUCUCCUCGGCCGUGGUGGUUUCGGCCCCGUUUACAAGGGGGUGACGGGGAAUGGGCAGGAGAUUGCGGUGAAGAAGCUGUCUCUGGAAUCGCGGCAGGGGAUGAGGGAGUUCACCAACGAGGUGCGGCUACUGCUCAAGAUCCAGCACCGCAACCUUGUCUCUCUGCUCGGCUGCUGUGCUUCUGCUGGCCAAAAGAUGCUCGUCUACCCCUACUUCCCCAAUGGAAGCCUUGAUCGCUUGCUCUUCGACAAGAGCAAGCGUGCAUUACUAGAUUGGUCAAAACGAUUUGAGAUUAUUGUGGGAGUGGCAAAGGGUCUUCUUUACCUUCAUGAAGAAUCCCCAGUGAAGAUCAUCCAUAGAGACAUUAAAGCUAGUAACAUUUUGCUUGAUGACCAGUUGAAUCCAAAGAUCUCUGAUUUCGGCAUGGCGAGGCUCUUCCAGGAGGAUGCUACCCAUGUUAAUACAUUUAAGAUAUCUGGUACCUAUGGUUAUAUGGCUCCUGAGUAUGCUCUAAAUGGAUAUCUAUCAGCAAAGGCAGAUGUCUUCAGCUUUGGGGUGUUGGUGUUAGAGAUUGUGAGUGGGAGGAAAAAUCUUGAUAAACGCUUGGAAGAAGAAAAGGUCGACUUAUUGAGCUAUACAUGGAAUCUCUCAGAAGCAGGAAAAGCAUUGGAGGUUAUGGACCCUUCUCUUUCAACUUGGAACAGCGACGAAGCAGCAUUAUGCAUCCAGAUAGGGUUGUUAUGCUGUCAAGCUGUUAUCUCAGACCGGCCUGACAUGUAUACCGUCCAUCUCAUGCUAUCAAGUGAUUCAUUCACAUUGCCAAAACCUGGUAGGCCAGGAAUACGAGGCCGCAUAGGGCGUUGGACCAGUACACCCUCUUCCACUCUUACUAACACGAACACAAAUAGUACUUUAACUGGUACCGACAGUACGAAAGCCUCUACUUUAUGCAGUAUAGCAGAAGAUUACUCUAGGAAUUCUAUUUCUGUUUCCUUUACUUCAGAAGGUCGGUGACAUAAACCUUCCAUGCAUUAUGUUUCAAACACCAUGUAGCAUAAAUAAAUCCUUUUUGGGGCUCCGUCAACGAGAUUUUUGAUGAACUGUAGCUUUACAAAGUAUAUCACCAAAUUUCAGAGCUGUUUUAAGUGAAGAUUUCCUUGCAAGGUGGGUAAUGAUGUAGGAGGCGUGAACUAAUGCCACUUUUAUGUGCUGUUUAAAUGGAUUCUUCUCUGAAAAAGCAAAGGAAAUAAGCAUUUGUGACAUGGCACCUGUUGACACCCCUCUACUCCAUGGAGAGGUCCUCAGUUUGAUAUGGAAUCAUGAUUAAGCUUUUGACAAAUGUGCAUAUGACCUGGUGGGUCGUGGCUCCAUAGGUGCCUGCGAUUCAACUGAAGCCACAGAAGUCCAGGCGAUUUUCUCAGUUUGAAAUUGGGAGAAAGAAUGCGAGUUGAAGAAUGUCUCCAUCUGAACACGGCUGCCAGGGAACUGAGGACCUUGCUUCAUAUCAUUCCUCCAGUUACCAGAAUUCAACUCAGAACCUGAGGGUCCGGGAUUUCUUAGUAGUGCUGAACAGAACUGAGAACUUCGCCGUCAUGAUUUUCUUUCUCAGAUUGUGUAAAAUUGCAUUAGUGAGGGGAUGAAGUGCUGUAUUUUCUCUUUCCAAGUCAAAUAUUAAUGAGAGGAGACAAUAUCAUUUGUAUCAUGUCCAUUUGUUUGAGGCUAUUCUGCUGUCAAACCACAGACAAAGAUCACCAGGAUAUGUAUAUAUAUAUAUAUAUAUACUGGUGUGGAUCCUUAAGGUCAGUGAUUGCAAUCUUUGAA